GGAGGAGGGAAGACAGACGCACGGUGGAAAAGUGUGCGCGGCGCUUGUCUCCGGAGCGCCUUGGGAAAGGUUUCGGUCCCCCAUCCCUUCAUAGUGAAGUGGCGCUGCCCUUCCCUAUAACUGUUGCAGGCCGAGCAUAAGCCUAGGCUGGUCAUUGGCGAGUUGGGGCGUGUGGUGGUGGGUGUUGCUGCGUCCCAGGGAAAAGUUCCUCCGCUGAGGAGGAGCAGUAGCUCCAGGACGUGUUCCCGUGUCGGGGAGGUCCCUGCCUGCGCCGCCCUUGGGCUGUUCGGGGCGCGCUGCCGCCCGCCCGCGUGUGGAGCGCCAGGGGUUUAAAUGGCAACCCCAUUCCUGCCCCCUCGUGCCUCAGCUUUUCAGCAGCUGUAGCGUUUCCUUGGGAUCGGCUGAAGUGUAGGGCGCGAUGUCGCAGGCGCUAGCAGCGAAGGAGGUCCCGCAGGAGCAGGGCGAGGGCGGCUCCCGGAGGAGCGGCUGGGGCCUGCUGGUCACGGCCGGGGUGGGAGGGACCUUGGUGGCUCUCUAUGCUGUGGCCACCCCCUUCGUGACCCCGGCCCUGAGGAAGGUGUGCCUGCCCUUCGUUCCUGCCACCGCCGCUCAGAUCCAGAAUGUGCUGAAAAUGUUGGAAAACAGAAGUGGCUCCCUAGUUGACAUUGGUAGCGGGGAUGGCCGCAUUGUGAUAGCAGCUGCAAAAAAGGGAUUUCAGGCUGUCGGUUAUGAAUUGAAUCCCUGGCUAGUCUGGUACUCCAGAUAUCGUGCCUGGAGAGAUGGAGUACAUCAGAACACCAAAUUUUAUAUUUCAGACUUAUGGAAGGUUUCUUUUUCCCAUUAUAGAAAUGUUGUUGUUUUUGGAGUACCUCAAAUGAUGCCACAGCUGGAGAAGAAGCUAGAAGAAGAACUUGAAUGUAAUGCCAGAAUCAUUGCCUGUCGCUUUCCUUUCCCUUGCUGGAUUCCAGAUCGUACUACUGGAGAGGGAAUAGACACUGUAUGGGCCUAUGACUUGAAACAUUCUAGAGGAUGUGAAACAAAAAGCUUGGAAAUUACACCAGAGACAGAAUCUUAACCAUUUAAUUUGGUUUCUUACAGAAGUUUUUAGCUUUGACUGGACCAGUUGAAAAUAAGAUUAAUGUGGAGAGAGCCCUGGCCUAUGAAGAUGUGUGUUCACUAUAAGAACUGAAGUACAGUGGCUGUCUGAAAGUACACAAAGGUUACUGAAAGGUGCAGUUAAAUGGCCUAAUAUGGUGUCCAGGUUUAACUCCAUCUAGCAGUGGAGUACCACACAGAUGUUCAUUAACCCAAGUCUGCAGUCUCCCCCAGUGGGAUGGGAAAGAAAACUGAAAAAAAGGUCAUACCCAUGACCAUGGACUGAGGUAGGAAUAGUUUAAUAAUUGAAAUAAAUUUGUGAAUAGUAAUAACAACAACAAAAGAGGAGUAAAACUCAGGAAAGAUGAGUGAUGCACAAUACCCUUGCUCAUCACCCACUGAUGGAUGCCCACCCCAUCCCAGAGCAGCGACUGCCAACUCUCCCCAGUUUAUAUACUGGACAUGAUGUUCUGUGGUGUGGAGUAUCCCUUUGGCCAGUUCAGCUUAGCUAUCCUGGCCAUGCUUCCUCCUGGCUUUUUGUGCACCUCCUUGUUGGCAGAACAUAAGAAACUAAAAAGUCCUUGGCUUGGAGUAAGCACUGCACAGCAUCAGUGUAUUAUCAGCAUUAGUCUUUUCUACCACAGUGCUGUACCAGCUAAUAGGAAGAAAAUCAACUCCCAGCUAAAAGCAGAAUAUUUUGCUAGUCAAAAUUAUGAAAAAGUUGUUAUAGAAGGGGAAAACUUCAAUAUGGAAAAGGCUUUAGAACACCAUUCACUACAGUUAAGGGAAAUAUAUGUAUGAGUUCAAAUGCUCAAAUUUGUGAACUUAAUAUAUACAUUCUUUCUGAUGCUACAGAGCCCUUGGUAUUGGUGUUGGAAUGAUGUGCAAGUGUCUUCUCAAAUGAGCUGUAUUUCCAAAAAGUGUCUGAAUUUUGUAUGCCAAGUACGUAGGGCUGCAUACAAAAAACUGGUCCAGGCUGAGUAUGACAAAAUGGGUGAAUAUAAUAAGUUGUUUGUUCAUUAACACAAGUGCUGCCUCUGAUUAUAUUAAUUUUUUUUAUUUAACUUGUAUUCUGUUUUAACAUCUGCUGGAAAAUAAACUCCAAGUAAGCCAC